CACACAAGAAACACACCACACGGAUCAUAAUCCACAACCACUCAUCCACCGUUGAUUUAACCAAAAUCCAACGGCCACAACCCCCUCCCACCCUUUCAACACCACCACCCCAAUCUGCAACCCUCCACAACUCAAAAACUUUCACAUCCCGCCUUUAACAAACCCCACCUAUAUAAAACCCCACCCAUUUCCACCAUCACAAACACCCACCACCCAAUUCAUCACCAAUCAAUCAAACCCACAAUCUCAAAUCAAUCAUGUCUGGCCGUGGAAAGGGAGGCAAGGGGCUCGGAAAGGGCGGAGCAAAGCGACACAGAAAGGUUCUUCGUGACAACAUUCAGGGAAUCACCAAACCCGCCAUUCGCAGAUUGGCUCGCAGAGGUGGAGUCAAGCGUAUCAGCGGCUUGAUCUAUGAAGAGACACGUGGCGUGUUGAAGAUCUUUUUGGAAAAUGUCAUCAGAGACGCUGUUACCUACACCGAACACGCUCGCCGUAAAACUGUCACUGCUAUGGAUGUCGUUUAUGCUCUUAAACGACAGGGCCGUACCUUGUACGGAUUCGGUGGUUAGAUCAUUUAGGGUUAGGGUUUUUAGAAGAUUAUCUGUUUCGUUGUAAUCUAUGUUAUGUUAUCUGUUUUCAAUUCACCAUCUUGGUGUAUGGUUUAAUGAUGAAGAAGUUUCUUAUUUUAAAUCUUUAA